AUGUCAAGCAGAUACAUCCCUGAGCCUCAAACCACCGGAAAAGUCAUUUUGAAGACAACUCAUGGAGAAAUUCAUAUUGAAUUAUGAACAAAAGAAACCCAAAAAACCUGCAGAAAUUUUAUUCAGCUUUGUUUGGAAUCAUAUUAUGAUAAUUGCCCUUUUCAUAGAAUUAUCCCAGGAUUCAUGGUACAAACUGGUGAUCCAACAGGAACUGGCCUUGGCGGAGAAAGUGUUUAUGGAGCUCCUUUUCAAGACGAAUUCCAUAGCAGGCUAAAAUUCAGUCACAGAGGUCUAGUAGCAAUGUCAAAUACCAAAAAGAAUGACAAUGCAAGCCAAUUUUUUAUUACACUUGACAAGACUCCAUGACUUGACAGAAAACACACAAUUUUUGGCAAAGUAGGAAUUAAAUUUUUUUUUAUUUUUUAUUUUUAAAUGAUUAAAUUUUUAAUUAUUUUGGAUACCAAGUAGGAAACAACACAAUUUAUAACGUUAUAAAGAUCUCUGAAGUUGAGGUAGGAGCUGAUGAUCGACCUUUAAUAUGUCCUGUUAUUUUGAGUACUGAAGUAGUAGUAAAUCCAUUUGAUGACAUUAUACCAAGAGAGAUUAUAAAGAAAAACAUUGCUUCAGUAGUAAACAACCUGGGAAAUGUAAAGAAAAUUGCAAAACCUAAAAUGCUUUCUUUUGCUGAUGAAGAAGAAAAUAAUGAAGCUUUGCCAAUAAAAAGUUCACAUCAAGUUCUUGAAGAUCCUACGCUAAAUCUCCCUCUUUAAGGGAGCAAGACCAUUGACAAAUUUUUAUAUUUUUUGAGUGCAAUUACACCCUAUGUGAGUUUUUUAUAUAAAAAAAAUAUUUUAUAGAAAUUAUUUUAAUAUAAAAAUGGCAAUUAUUACAAUGAAAUUUAUAGAAUUUUAAAUAGCUUAUAUUCUAAAACAUAAAUUUUAUAAAUUAUUUUCUUUUUUUAAUAUAUUAAAAUGGCGGAGGCAACCACUCGAUCUCUUGACGCAAUUUCCUUACUCCCCCCCCCCCCCUCCGUGAGCGAACAAAAACCAUUAGAAAAAUCGCCAUUUUUUGACCAAAAACCCACCCUCCGUGAGUGAACAAAAAUUUUUUUAAUAGAAAAAAUUUUUUAUGGAAAAAAAAUUUUGAUAUAUAAGUGAUAAUUAGUAUAAUGAAAUCUAGAGCUAAUUCUGUUUAAUUUUAAAACAAAUUGCGUUUUAAAACAUAAAUUUUGCAAAUUAAAUUAAUAUUUGCUUCCCAAUUUUUGCAAAUUAGGAUUUUUUUAAAUUUCGAAAAAAAAUAUUUUUUAUAAAAUUUAUAUAUAAAUUGUUUUUAAAAAAAAAAAAAUUAACCCCCCUCCGUGAGCGAACAAAAUUUUUUUGUUCGCUCACGGAGGGGGGGGGGAGUUAGCAUCCUUAGGCAAUGCCCGAAGGAGAAUCCAAAUCGAAAAGCAUGUGAGCAUCCUGAUGUAUUCGGGCAGAUUUUUUUCUCAUGCCAUAGGUAUGAUACCUGGGAUAUGGGAUUUUUACUCCUGUCAUGGAGUUGGAAAGGGCAUAGUCGGCUCCGAGAUUAAGUCCUAUCCCUACUCAAGGUAGGAACUCUAAAUACAACAGGUGCCGAGCAAAAACUGGGUUACUCCCCAGACUUCUUUGCCCAUAGUGAACCGACGCCCUGGUAGCAAGUUAGGUAUGACGAACCCUAAGCAAGUCAGUCAAUGUCAACCGGUAACUCCUCACGACAUAAUGAGUAUGCAGAGGUGGAAAUCCUCGGUCGGCUUGAACAACGCAACAAUUUUAAUUAAUUAUUUUCCAUUUUUUGAAAAAAUUAUUAUUAUAAAUUUAAAAGAAAAUUUCACAAUAAAAAACAAUAUGUGAGCAAAAGAUUGCUUCUCAUGGAGGUAGAUUAAGUAAAAAAGAAGCACCAAUUGAAGAAAUCCAACCUAAAAUUGUAAAAGCAGAAAAGAAAAUAAUCCAACAAGAAAAAAAUGAGUCUGAGGCAUCUGACCAAGAUUUUGACGAAAAAAUGAGGAAAAAAGUGUUAUCUCAAAAAAAAGCAUUAUCACACACAUAAAAAAUGGUAGCCUGCUGCCCUCUUAACAUAUGUAACCAGACGGAGUCUGGGGACAUUGUGGAAGGGAGAGCAGCAAGCAGUGAAUGUUCCGGCUAGGUUUAAUUGGUCUGGAGGAGCGCAAUGUCAUGCUAGCCGUCGUAGGCUCAUAUCCAGUGCAAUGUUUUACUUUGAGGAAAGAUCUUCUAAUUGAAGAUGGAAAGCCUAGCAAGGCUAGAGGGCGUAUUUUGCCAAUUGGGCAAUUAUCCAACACAAUAAAUACUAGAAGUAGCGCACUGGGCUAUAAGUUUAAUUCUGGCCGAUAGCCUGGCAAAAGAUUCCCUUUUUGAAUUUUGGGAAAGGCAAUCGGUUUGAUGUACGGCACGGUGGCCAGCGUCUUUACCUCAGGGUUGUGUUGCAAGCCCUCCUCUGGAGGGAGAAGCACAUCCUUUAGGGCCGUGUAAUCGGACUGGCAAGCAAGAGGGUGUAGCGAAGAAAGGGACGUGAAAAACAGACAUAGUUACUCGAUAAUAAUGUAAGUUUAAUUUAAGUUAUCCCAGAAAAAAGCCUUAUCAGCCGAAAACCCUGAUGUUUUGAAGCUGAAUUUUGAUAUAGGAAAAUAUAAAAUAUCCACUGAUAAUUCCAAAACUAUAAUUUCUAAACAAGUUGACCCAGAAGAGGAAUUUCAAGACUUAAAAAGCAAACUUCUCCUCGAAUUAAAAAAGCGGCCUACAGGGAGUAAUAGCUUAAGAGCCCAGCAAGAAAUAAAAGACGAAGAAAGCUUUUUAAGCCCACUUGAGCUUCGAAGAUAUCAAUUUUACCAGAAAAAAGUGAAAUCAAAAGGCCGUGAAGGUGAAGUUUUAGGAAAAUUAAACAGUUUUUUGAGUAUUCAAUCUUAAAGAAUUUUAGCCCUUUUUUUUAUUUUCCCAAUAUUAAUAUUCCCUAUAAUUAAUAUUUUUUACAAUAAUUUACAAUAGAAUUUAGCUUAAAAUAGGAUAAAAUAAGAGAACCCACUGAAAAUGAAACCUGGUUCAAAAAUAAGCUAAAAUUUUCAGUAGACUCCACAAAAGCUUACGCAUAUAAAAAAGAGCCUAUUGGAAACAUCCAAAGAGACGAAGAAGACAGCGAAUUUAAAGCCGACCCUUCAAAACGAUUAAAAUUAAUGAAAGACGACAAUGCGUAUGGUAAAAAUAUUGACGAAGAUUUCUUAUCAUUCAGCAAUUUGAUGAAAAUCAGCGACCCAAAGAUGUAUAAUAACAAAUAA